AUGUCAAAUAAAUUCUCAGUAACAGCCCAGAUUUGGCAAGUUGGCAGUGUUUCGCCCCCGUGCCUCGGAGAGCACGUAAAGCCGUCGGUCCCGCGCCUUAACUCUCACCGGUCAUGUCGAAGUAUCGUCCAAUCGGAUUUUGAGAGUAAAAGUAAUAGAGAGUUCAGUUACGCUACGCUCAUUGGUCCGCUAAUCGCUCAACUCUUGCGGUCGCCGUCGUCGCCCGCGGCAGGGACUCAGUCACGACAUGCCAGUCAGAAACCACCAAUUUGUGGCCGCCGUGUUGGUUUUCUUGAAGCUAGCGUCUUCAUGCUCUCUUUACACUUUUUGCCAACG